UCAAUAUAAACCAGAUUCGACCGAUUAUUGGAGACACAUCAGAUUUAAGUUUGGCGGAAAUCAUUGCAACGGGAGGAAGAGCUCGUGUAAGUGCAGAUUACAUGGCUCCAGUUUGGGUUUUCGUUAUCAACGUACUUGGAUCAUACGUAUGUUACAUCUUCGGAAAAUUCGCAUGCAAAAUAAUGGUACAAACAUACUGUUACGCCUUUCCGAUCAAUCUAACCGUGCCAACGCUCAUUACAGCACUGGUUGCAUUCUGUGGAGUUUAUAGUAUCGAUGAAUGUGCUUUUAAAAAUGCAAUUCCCCAAUAUUUGGCUUUCAAUGGCCCCCCGCUGUAUUUUGUGCGAAACUUUAUCGAAAACGAAUUUGCAUGGUUGUGGUUAAUUUGGUUGCUUUCGCAAACGUGGAUUUCUUUUCAUAUUUGGAAUCCUCGAGUCGAGAGGCUCGCAAGAACCGAAAAAUUAUUCGCAAAACCCAUGUACGACGGCGUAUUCGUCGAUCAAUCUCUAGCUCUAAACAGAAAAAGAAACUACAAAUCCAUAAUUGAAGAGGAAAAGGACUGGUCUGACAGUUAUAGCGAAAAUUCCGCUAGUACGGAAGAUUAUUCGGAAGCGUCUUCAUCUCCGCCCAUUCAGGAGGACGAAACUACAAGAAUUUACGCAUGUGCAACCAUGUGGCACGAAACUACCGAAGAAAUGAUGGAAUUUUUGAAAUCAAUCUUCAGACUUGACGAAGACCAAUGUGCCAAGAGACUCGCCAAAAACUAUUUGGAAGUUGACAUCCCCGAUUAUUUCGAAAUAGAAAUCACUAUUUCACGCCAGAAAGCUGAACUCACCGAUGAAGAAUUAUUAGAAAAGGAUCCCGUGAGGAUGAGAUGUCGAAAAGAGAACCGUUGGUUGUGUACUUUGCUUCUUCAGAGAGGAUACAGGGUUGAAUAUUCUGCUGCUUCCGACGCUUAUACCCACGCACCGGAAGGUUUCAACGAAUUUUUCAACCAGCGUAGACGGUGGAUGCCUUCAACUUGUGCCAAUAUUAUGGAUUUGAUCCAAGACUCCAAAAAAACCAUUGCAGUAAACGACAACAUAUCCCGAGGUUAUAUAUUUUAUCAUAUUGUUCUGAUGGUUGGAACUGUCCUGGGUCCUGGGACCUUAAUGUUGAUGGUAAUUGGAGCACUCGUGACCGUGUUUUCUUUUGACCAAUACACAAGCCUCAAAUGGAACGUAACGCCCCUGAUUAUUUUCAUGAUAUCUUGCUACUAUUGCAAAGCUAAUAUUCAGUUAAUAAUGGCCGCCAUUAUAAGUGGUGUUUACGCGUUGGUAAUGAUGGCCGUCCUUGUUGGUGUCACACUUCAAAUAUUCGAAGAUGGCUGGUUGGCCCCCAGCAACCUCUUCCUAAUGCUUGUGGCAGGAGAAUUCAUAAUAGCGGCUAUACUCCAUCCCAAGGAAUUUGGAUGUCUUCCACACGGUCUCAUUUAUUUCAUUACUAUCCCCUGCAUGUAUCUUAUCCUGGUCAUUUAUUCCGUUUUCAAUUUAAACAACAUUUCUUGGGGUACCAGAGAAGUCACCGUUGUGCCCAAAGCGGCAGCGGAUGCGGAAGAGGAAAAAGACCAGAAAAAAGACGAGAAGAAAGAGCCCACAAAUCUCAAAGCAAUGCAAAACAGAAUAUUCGCUUUGUUCGGCAAAGGUGAUGAUAACGCAGGCUCUUUCGAAUUUUCCUGCGGCGGUUUGUUCAAAAUACUCUUAUGCGCUUAUCGGAAGGAGUCCCCGGAACAAGUAGAACUGGCGCUUCUGAACAAUAACAUCAAA